CAGGUAUUAGGCGCUGUAGGAUAAGAACACCAUGCCUCUCCUUUCCUUCUGUUCUCUCCAACCGUCUCGUUCUUUCCAAUUUCAGCUUCCGGGUAGCUCCAGGCAUUCGUAGACCCUAAUCUAAUUCCGCACUUGCAUCCAUCCACCGUGCUUUUACACACACCCCGCCAUCCCUCUUCCACUGCUUCUAUAACCCACCAUGGGCGCCAGAAUCAGAGAGAUCCCCGCAAAGUUGCCGAAGAACUUCGACAGGCCAGAUGAGCCGUGGUACCACCAUCUCACAAUCGACCUGAUAUGGAAAGUCCUUGGCUACACCGUCUUUCAUCCUUGGGUGGCAUGGGUCAUCGUUCUGUGCCUGCGCGCACAGGUCACACCAUAUCAGAGCCUCGAAAUGCAGAUCGCAAUAGUGUGGGCCUUUCUCACGACUGGACGAGCUAUAUUUGGCAUAAUCAAUGCGAAGCUCGCGUAUGGCAAUGCGCGUGAGGUCGACCUGAGCGAGGAGGUGAUUGUGAUAACGGGCGGUGUCGGAGGCUUAGGCGCGCUGAUCGCCGAGGUUUAUGGGAUGCGGAAUGCGAAUGUGGCGGUAUUGGACACGAAGAAAGUGGAUUUAGAGGAGGCGGAAGAGAAGGGCGUGGUGUAUUAUGAGUGCGACGUGGGUGAUGCUCAGCAGGUGGAUGAGGCUGUGAAGGAGAUUGUUGAAGAUCUUGGCCCUCCCACAAUCCUAAUUAACAAUGCGGGCAUUGUACACACACAAUCGAUCCUGGAUUCCACAGCGGAAGAAGUUCGACAAACCUUUCGAACGAAUACCUUCUCUCACUUCAACACUCUCCGCAGCUGCCUUCCACACAUGCUGAAUGAAGGUCGCGGCACCAUCGUAACCGUCUCCUCCGUCCUCGGCCACCUCGGCGCCGCGAACCUCUCCUCUUAUACCUCGUCGAAAGCUGCCCUCCUCGCCCUCCACUCCUCUCUUCGCGCCGAACUAGCUCAACAUCCUAAUGGCGAAGAUAUCAAAACAAUCCUCGUCACGCCUGGUCAGAUGAGCACUAAGAUGUUCGCUGGUGUAAGGACGCCGUCAAAUUUCCUAGCCCCAGUUAUUGCGCCUGUAGAUAUAGCAAAGGAGGUGAUAGGACUAAUCGAGAAGGGUGAGAGUGGGGAUGUGGCUGUCCCACUGUAUUCCAGGUAUAUUCAGAUUCUGGGGGUACUGCCUUUGGGCGUGCAAGUUCUUAUUCGGAAAUGGAGCGGCAUUGAUACAGCCAUGGCAAAGGCGGGGCUCAUGAAAGCCGACAAAACGGCGUUGAACGAGAAGAGGUGACGCGGAACAAGAGAAUGUGACUGUCUUGGCUGAUCUAGGUCUCAAGAGUCACAUCCCGUGCAAGCUAUAAGAGUGUCCGAGCAUGUUGUAGCAUCUGUACCAAU